UCCUUCUCAGUUCUUACAUUGACUCUGACAUUUUUCUACUACUUAACUGCCCAUUUACUCGGUGGAAAACAAACCUAUUUCCACAAUCACAAUCUCCCAACCAAAACCCUGCUUUCUUCUGGUUUAGAUCAGAUGAAGCCUUCCUCAUGCCGCUACUGAAUCAAGAUGAGAGGAGCCUCCCCUAGCCCUUUAGAGACUCGCCUCCGACUGUCUGCUUCUGGUGAGGAAGGAAGCAAGAGAAGGCUCCAAAGAAGUAAAGACUCUAAAGAUGUUGAGAAGGCCUCUCAUGUUCCCAUCCAAGAAAGAAAUUCAAAUUGCAAAUUUCCUACGUUGAAACUUGUACUUGUUAUUAUUAUCUGUGGAACUUUCGUGACAUUGCUCCACUCUCCAGCGGUCCAUAAUACAGAUGGUCCAUCUGAUUCUUUAUCUCGGAAAAGUUUUGUAGACAGAUGGAUAAGGGAGAGUCCUGCUGAUGAUCCACGCUAUACUUCAUCAUUGCAAAUUAACUGGGACCAAAUCUCCAAAGUCAUUGAGAAAUUGGAUGACAGGAAUGAAUAUCAGGGAGUAGGCUUGUUAAACUUCAAUGACAAAGAAAAUGAUGAUUGGAAGCAACUGUUACCAGAUGCCGAGCAUAUUGUUCUGCAUCUGGACCAUGUCUUGAACAACAUUACUUGGGAAUCUCUAUACCCUGAAUGGAUAGAUGAGGAGGAAGAAUUUGAGGUUCCCAGUUGUCCUUCUCUGCCUAGACUUCCGGUCCCUGGAAAGCCACGGAUAGAUCUCAUUGCUGUCAAGCUUCCCUGCAACAAGUCUGGAGACUGGGCAAGAGAUGUGGCUCGUCUGCACUUGCAGCUUGCAGCGGCAAGGCUUGCUGCCACUGCUAAAAGUUAUCAUCCAGUCCGUGUACUUUUGGUGACUGAGUGCUUCCCAAUCCCAAACCUCUUCACUUGCAAGGAACUUGUUGCACGUGAAGGAAAUAUUUGGCUGUACGAACCCAACCUGAAUACGAUGAGGGGAAAGCUUCAGCUUCCAGUUGGAUCCUGUGAACUUUCAGUUCCUCUCCAGGCUAAAGUAGAUCGGUUUUACUCAGCAUCUGCACACCGAGAAGCAUAUGCAACAAUCCUACAUUCUGCACAUGUAUAUGUCUGUGGGGCCAUUACUGCAGCUCAGAGCAUCCGCAUGGCAGGUUCAACACGGGAUCUUGUAAUUCUUGUUGAUAAAACAAUCAGUGAGUAUCAUAGAGGAGGCUUAGAAGCGGCAGGUUGGAAAAUUCAUACUAUUGAAAGAAUUAGGAAUCCAAAAGCUGAACGUGAUGCCUACAAUGAAUGGAACUACAGCAAAUUCCGUCUCUGGCAGUUGACAGACUAUGAUAAGAUCAUUUUCAUUGAUGCUGACCUGCUUAUACUUAGGAAUAUCGACUUCCUAUUUGAGAUGCCAGAAAUAUCUGCGAUAGGAAACAACGCCACCCUGUUCAACUCAGGCGUGAUGGUGAUUGAGCCAUCAAAUUGCACAUUCCAGUUGUUGAUGGAUCACAUCAAUGAGAUAGAGUCUUACAAUGGUGGGGACCAGGGGUAUCUGAACGAGAUCUUCACAUGGUGGCACCGGAUUCCAAAACACAUGAACUUUUUGAAGCACUUCUGGGAAGGUGACGAGGAGGAGAAGAAAGAGAUGAAAACCCGUCUCUUUGGAGCUGAUCCUCCAGUUCUUUAUGUCCUCCACUACCUGGGUUUGAAGCCAUGGCUGUGCUUUCGGGACUACGACUGCAACUGGAAUGUGGACAUAUUGCAGGAGUUUGCAAGUAAUGUUGCGCAUAAAAGGUGGUGGAAGAUUCACGACGCCAUGCCAGAAAACCUGCAAAAGUUCUGCUUGCUUAGGUCCAAGCAGAAGGCGGCAUUGGAAUGGGAUCGAAGACAAGCAGAGAAGGGCAAUUACACAGAUGGGCAUUGGAAAAUUAAGAUAAAAGAUCCACGCUUACAGACAUGCUUCGAAGAUUUCUGCUUCUGGGAGAGCAUGUUAUGGCACUGGGGUGAAACAAAUUGGACGGAUAAUGCAACUGCUACUCUGCCACCGCCUACAACGACCACGGCAUCUCUCCCUUCUUUAUAAUUCAUAGUUUUUUUUUUUCUCAAUACUUGCAAUUUUCUGAGUCUUACAGAUGACAGGAGUUGAAUACAGUUUGAGUUUGAGCUAAUGCUAUUGAAAAAAAAAAAUGUAUCUUCUUGAACUCUUUGAUGCACCCAGCUUGAUAACCUCCACAUAAUUUAUUUUCAUGGUUCUGCAA